AUGGCGUCUGCUGACUUGAAGGAAGAACUGAACUGCUCCAUCUGUCUGGAGGUUUUUACGGACCCGGUAACUCUGAGAUGUGGUCACAACUUCUGCCGAGCGUGCAUCAAUCAGGUGCUGGAUAGUCAGAGAAGACAGGGUGUCUUUACUUGCCCCGAGUGCAGAACAGUGUUCAAUAAACGUCCUUGGCUGCAGAAGAAUGUAACUCUGUCUAACAUUGCAGAGCGAUUCCACUCUACUUUGCCUGACCAGAAGAAGACCGGGGUCUCCUGUACAUACUGCAUUCACUCUGCCAUACCUGCCGUUAAAUAUUGUCUGCACUGUGAGGCUUCCUUGUGCGAUAGUCACCUAAAAGCCCACAGCAAGUCACCAGAACACGUCUUAAUCGAGCCCUCCACUUCACCGGGGAAAUGGAAAUGCUCCAUCCAUAAGAAGAUCCUACAGCAUUACUGCGCCGUGGAUUCCACCUGUAUCUGCACGUCAUGUUUGCAAGAUGCCAACCAUCGCCGACACCAGAUCCAGACACUUAGUGAUGCCUCCAAGGACAAAAAGGAUAAACUGAAAAAGAUCCUUACACAACUUACCUCCAGGAGAAAGGAGGUCGAGAAAAGUCUCCAAGGUCUACAGGAGAAGAGGAAAAAUGCCAACGAUGAAGAAACAGCCCUCAUGGCACACGUUAGUGCUGUGUUUCGACAAAUCCGGCAAAGAUUGGAUGUUCUUGAGGUUCAGACUGUUGACCAAAUUACCAAGCAAGCAGAAAUGAAUGCAAAGCCGGUCUCUGAUCUGAUCAAACAGAUGGAAAUGAAGAAGGACGAGCUGUGUAGUAAAAUAUGUCACGUCGAGGAUCUGAGCAACGUGACGGACCCUCUAACGCUCCUAAUGGAGAAGGAGUCAACUGAAGCCGACUUCUGCGUUACUGAAAAGGGAGGUCGCCAAUAUGCCCCCAAAAUUGCAGAAAUGGAUGAAGUUUUGAUCUCUUUGAACUUACACCAGGAAUUAUCCGAAAUAUUAAAGAAUGUUCCAAAAGUGCUCAACCUUUCCGGGCUACCAGACUUACGACUUGAUAAGAAGACGGCUGCGAGUAACGUGGCCAUUUCCCCCGAUUUAUCGAUCGCACAUGGAACACAGGAUAAUGACUCUGUUGAUGACACAGACAACAGGUUUGAUUCUCACCAGGUGUUAAGUAGGAUAGGACUCAGUGGGGGCAAACAUUACUGGGAAACUGAGUUGUGUGACACCAAUAACUGGAGGAUAGGGAUGUCCUACUACUCAAUAGACAGGGAUGGAGAUGACUCUAUCUUUGGGAAUACAGAUGAGUCGUGGUGCCUGUGCAAAAGCAUGCAGGACUACUCAUUCAGGCAUGAUGGAGAUCGCAUACGUUUAUCCUCUUCAUUUAAAAAAUUGAAACGGUUGGGAAUAUAUCUAGAUUUCAAGAAGGGGCGACUCUCUUUCUACAACUUG